UUACGGAAAUGAUCAGCUCACAACAAUGGAGAAAAGAUGACUGUCAAAACUAAAACGAAGAAAAAUUGCACCACAAUGACACCAUGGCCGCUGUCAACAAGCGCAGAUAUAGGACACGUUCUUCAAAAAGAUAUUGUCAAGAAAAAUUCUGCUGUUUAACAGAAGGUGCAAUUGCUGAUUAUCACUGCAGUCAGUGCAAAACUGACCAGUGCCAAAGUUGUAAUUCCUCCCUUCACAAAUCGAAACUUGAAUUUGGGUUUCAUGAUAUUAAACACAUAGAGCCACCACCAUAUGAAGAACUGUGUCAGAUUGCAUCUCUGUUAAAUAAUCUUGAUUGUGAAGACAGAAACUUUGCUGAUCUGCGUUGUGAAAAUUGUGACAGAAAUUUUUGCUUCCAGUGUUUCGACACCUAUCAUAGUAAAGAAAGCAGAAAAACUCAUAGAAAGACUACAUUUAAGGAGUAUAAACAUAGACAGCAGGCUGCCGUUUUAGAUACUAUAAAACCAUUGUCACCUCUGUCAUUAGAGGAUGACUCUUUAACUUUCAUUUCCUGUCCACAAGUUUCUGAAAGCACGGACAGUAUGACGUCAUAUACCAGCAUACAUUCAGAUCACAGUCAGACAAGCAUACCUGAUCUUAUUUCUUCUGAUCCAAAAUCAGAAAUGUUAUCCCUGACGAGAGAACUUGAAGAGUGCCAAAUAGAUGAGAGGUACAUGGACUGUGAAAGUUUUCUACUUGUGGAUGAACAAGAGACUUUGCAGGUAGUUGACACUGAUGAUUUUAUUGAUAAACUAAAAUGUGAUAAAGAUGACAUGGUCAAGGUCAUAUCCAUCUUUGGAAAUACUGGAGAUGGAAAGUCUUAUACUCUCAACCAUACUUUCUUUGGUGGAAAGGAAGUGUUCAAAACCUCUGCUCAGCAAGCUUCUUGUACUGUUGGAGUGUGGGCAUCAUUUGACAUUGACAACCAUGCGAUUAUUGUUGAUACUGAGGGUCUUCUCGGAGUGACAACCAAUCAAAAUCAAAGAACUCGUCUUUUGCUUAAACUGUUGGCUGUUUCUGAUGUUGUUAUUUACAGGACACGUGCAGAGCGACUACAUAAUGACAUGUUCUACUUUCUUAGUGAUGCCUCCAAAGCUUACUCUAAGCAUUUUACAGAGGAACUUCGAGCAGUGUCAAAACGUAACAAAAUGUCUCUAGAUGUUACAAAUUUGAGCCCUGCAGUUGUCAUCUUUCAUGAGACACAAAAUACCAACAUUUUAGGAAGCCCAGGUGAGCAAGGAGCAGAAGCAAUACUUAGAGACAGGUUUAAAGAGUUAGAAUGUUCUAUGGACUUCAGUGACCUCAAAUAUGUAGGGACCAAAACUAGUCGGGACCAGUGCACAGAUUUCAUGAAAUUACGCAAAGUUAUUCAGGAUCAACUGAACAAUAACACAAUCAGGUCCAGAAGGAAGCCAGAAAUAGUGUUUGGAACUUUUCAGAUUUUAAAUGAAAAGUUUAGUGGAGCCAUUGAAAAACAUAUAUACGAGACAUUUCCUGAUCAGUACUUUACCUGUACAUCUAAAUGUCAGUCUUGUGGGGCUAGGUGUAGCAGGAGUAUGAACCACAAAGAGGAUGACCAUACUACUGAUAAGGGAACCAAAUGCAAAUAUCAACACCAGUUUGAAAAUAAAGUGUACUUUUGUAAGAAAUGUUACAGAGAUGGAAAACAAGUAAGAGUGGUACCAAAAACGUCGUCUUCCAAAGAUAAUGCCUGGCUAGGAGUUGCCAAAUAUGUUUGGUCAGGGGAUAUUCUGGAGUGUAAAAAUUGUGGCAUCAUUUUCCGUAGUCGACAGUACUGGUACGGAAACCCUGAUGUUGAAAAUGUCGUACAUGAGGAAGUGGCACAUGUAUGGCCAGAGGGAGAUAAGUUCCUGAUUGGUACCCACAAUGCAGCCCGUAAAUUAAUAGAUGGUAUAAGUUAUGUGGCAGAGUCCAUUGGAACUGUAAGCGCAAAACCCACCAAGGUGAUGACAGAUUGGAUGGCAGACCAAAUAGCACCAGCAUAUUGGGUACCCAAUGCUAAAAUAAAGAAAUGUCACAGAUGUCAGAUAAAGUUAUCAGAGGAACAGAAACAUCACUGUAGAGCAUGUGGGGAAGGAUUCUGCGAUGAAUGCUCAUCUAAACGUAGGACUGUACCAGAGAAAGGAUGGAACAACUUAGUCAGAGUCUGUGAUGGCUGCUUUAAUGUGAACAUGAAUGACUCCAAUUCGAGUACAGGAAGUGACACGCAGGUGACAGCAAGGAAGGUUGGAGAGUCUAUGACAUCUGCGUUAGAUGUUGUAGCAACAGCAAUCAACUAUCCACUAGGAAUGUUGAAGGACUCAGCUAGACCGGCAUACUGGGUUCCAGAUGAGCAGAUCAAGUCUUGUUGUGUAUGUGAUAGAGAUUUCUCAAUAAAGUUACCGAUACAUCAUUGCCGUGCCUGUGGACAGGGAGUUUGUGACAAGUGCUCCCCAAACAAACACCCAGUGCCACUGAGGGGGUGGGACUAUCCUGUAAGAGUUUGUCAGAAGUGUGAGAAGAGGAAAGAUAAACUAUGAAGUCAUGUAAGGAUUAGAGACUUAAAUGUCCAUCAGUGAAAAAUAUAUUGGCUUUUCACUGUCAAAUAUUUCAGGAUAAAAAGUUCUGAAAGUUUCAGGAUGCAUUUGAACAGAUGUAAUCAGUUGAUUGCUCUUCACUAUAGUGGCCACUUUAUUUUUGUUAAACUCAAUACUGCAGAGGUAUUUAUUUCUGAAAUUCUGUGAUGAUUCUGAAGUAAAAAAAAAUAAGUUCAGUAUUUGACCUCUUAAAAUUUGUGUUUCAUUGAUGAUAUCAUUAAAAAUGAUUCCACUUCUGCUCAAUAAAAAGAAAUAGAAUUAAAUGAAAUUGAAAAGAAAAAUUUUCUUCAGUUCUGUAUGCUUUAGAUGAUAAUGUCUUCUUACUUGUCUAUUUCUGAUGAAAUCAUUUGAUUUUAUGGGCAUGAAAUUACAUGGUUUAGGCCAAAAUUGGCUAUUUCUUGGGGAUACGAAUUUGUGGAUUUCAACUUUUGAAAAUGAAAUGACUCUGGAUUUCAUUCGUUUAUUGGGAUUUUUUUUUUCAUUAUUGACACAGCUACAGAAUUCAUGAAAAGUCGCCUAUGAAAAUUAAUGAUUUCACAGAAUGCUACUAAUCUGUGUUAGAACUGAUGUUUUAAGAUCGAUAAGAUUUAACUGUAGGUAGCAGGGUUCUCCCCAGGAUUUUGUUAUAGCCGGGCUCUGUGGAAUUGUAGCCGGGUACACAUUUUAGGGAUUUAUCACGAUAAACAUAUUAUUCAUUUAAGUAAAUUGAGGUGAUGAUGUUAAGAAUGAUAUGAAACAGCUUCUGAAACUGUAACAUAUUUAUCAAAGCCUUAAGGUAGCUUAAGUAAAUCAAUCAAGAAGAAAUCAAGGCAAGAAUCAUUAUUUGAUAUUUUCUACUUGAUUUUCUUUAAAGUUGGGUUUAAAAGAAAAUAUGCAUUGUGAUUUUUUUCUUGCAUUAAUAAAAUUUUUACAGAAACGUAGCAGUUUUUAGAGGAAAUAAUGGCGAUCUAUUUGGUCCUUGCAGUGUCAAACAAUAUAUCUUUUAAACCUACCAAUAAUUCUGUGUUUUGUGUUUUAGUUGAAUCUGCAGCUCAUUUCAUGAAAGAAUAUUUAAAGUAAUUUAAUCAAGUUAUUGGUAUUUUCUACCUUCUCUGACACUAUGUAUUGACUUAUCGGAAUUUGUGUAUUUUGAAAUAUCCUGCAGUUUCAGGUAUGAUUUUUCCCAAUUUUCUCAAAUAGCAGUUGCAAUUUUGCAGGCAGUUUUUACUGCUGGAUAUGAAAAAUAUAAUAUUAAUGGUUCGUCAUGUUCUACCAACGUCCAUUUUAUUUGGUUGCAGCUGAACAGAUUUGUUAAUUUCUGCCGACCGGUAUCAUUUUAAAUUAUGUCAAAAUUGAUUACAAGCAAUAUCAAAAUUUGUUUGAUAUAAGUAUUUGAAACCGAUGUAUUUCAGCUCAAAAUAUAAUGUGGUGUGCAAAAAGUUGUCGUGCACGAAAACGAAAGUACAAUUUGAAAGUUGACGGUAAAAUAAGCCGAUUGUUUGUAACACUGUCCAUGACGACGUUCCGCGACUAUAAGAUUAUCGAUUUUGCCUCUGGGUAUGAUCAAAUCAGGUAAUUAUCAGCCAGUUAAGUUUACAGGUGAUAAAAUGUGUACAUAAAAAUUUAUAUAUUGGAAUUUUAUAGCCGGGCACUAAGAUAUUUAAGCCAGGUGCAGCACCCGGCUGAAAGGGCCUGGGGAGAACUACUGUAGUGGUUACAGGAUUUUUUAGUAUUUUAAUGGUUAAUGGGACAUAUAGUCAUCAAUGAAACCUGAAACCUUCCUUGAAUGAACAUCACUUGGAAGACUUGUGUUUCUUGUAAAGAAGUUGUUGUUUUAGAAAAGUAAAUACUCCAAAAGUUUGUAUAAUGGAAAGAAAAUACCUACCUAUUUAAUGAGAUGUUUGCGCCUCAAAUGUGUCGGGUAACGAAUGUUAUAAGAGAAAUAUGGCUUGGAUGUUUUUGCAUGUUUGAUUGUAAUGUUUUUGAGGAAUUGGGUUUAAUAACAUUCCCUUUAACUUUUAAGUUCUGCUCAAUGUUAUGGAAUGAAUCAUCAGGAUGAUUUUCGUUUGUUAUUUUAUAUGAUUAUUUUGAUGAUAACAAUUUAUGAGUAGUUUAUUUUAUAUUUGUAAAUAAGGGAACUAUGAAAUUUACACUUACAUCAAGUUGAGGGUGUAACAACAGGUAUUGCACAAAGGGACUAGUCGGUGAUUAAAAUUGUUUUGCCAGACAAAUUUAGAUGUUUUGGUUUUCUGUAUAGACUCAAGUUGGGAAUAAAAUAAAUUCUUUUGUUUCAUUAUUUUGUAUGCUGUUGAUAUUAUAUAUAUCAUAUCUUUUAUGAAAUAACUUUUGAACCUUUGGCAUUUUAUUUGUAACAAGUCUGAAUAAUGAACAAAAUUCUAACAUUAAUCCCAGUAAGAGAUGGUGUAUAUUUUGUUUUCUGCUGUUGUUUAGAAAAAUAGCAUGUAUAAAUGAAGUUGCUUCAUGCAAUCUUUAUAAAUACCCUAUAACCAUGUGGAAAAAAUUGACCUCUCAUUUUAUGCUUUCUUAUGUUUUCACGAGAGGUUGCAUAUUGAAAAACAAACUGAACAAAAAAUAUGCAGAAAACUGUAUACUGUGGAAUCAUCUAAUUUUUUGAGCAGGUAAUUGUGGUUUGAGCCAAAAAGGUUUUAACGUUAAGAUAAGAAUUUGUGAAUUUCAACUUUUAAAGAUAAGAUAAAUGGUAGUUUUAUUUGUCUGUUUUGGGAUUAAAUUCCUUAGAUGGAUACAGCCAGAAGUCCACAAAAAUUACCACCCCCACAUGAGUACUAAUGAUUUCACAAAUGAUGAUAUUUGUAAAUAGUUUUUCUUUUGUUCAGUUUUAUUUUAAAUCAGUUAAAUCACUCAUGUCUUUUUUAAACUGGAUCAGUGUUGUUUCUGUCCUUUAAUAUAGUUUUAGUAAUGGCCUUGAUAUAUAUUAGAAGUUUGUGCUGUGGAAAAGAAUUCAAACGUAACAACAUAAAUAUCUGUGAUGCUAGAAGAAUUGGUGUGCUGAAUUGUUUGUUUUACCUGAUAGAUAUAUUCGUAGUGUACUAAAUAUUGUUGUUAUGGUUUAAGGGAUAAUAGUGUAUCUUUGAUUGCUACAAGAAAGUUUAUGCAAAAGCCGUUUAGCUUUAAUUGCUAUGUAAUGGGCUGUUUCAGAUUAAUUUUGCUUUGUUAUGAGGUAUAAAACUGCUUUUAAAUUGAUAUUGGUACAGUUUUGAGGAGUACAAUUUUUUAUAGCAUUGUUUUGGACUUAAAAUGCCAUUUUUGUUUCAUAAAUAACGUCUAGCGAAUGUAUUUUGACUCCAUUGUAAAGGUUGAAUUUCUUUUAAUCAAGCAGGCUUAGUGUCUUUAACAGCAUUUGUAUAAUAGGUUUUGUUACAGUACUGUAUGUUACAAAUGUAGAUGUCCCUUUAUAGGUAAUUUGUUUGAAAUAUGCAGUUUUAUAUAUACUUAUUUCAUAUUUUGCUGCCAUAUGUUUUCAGUUUUCCAGUUUUGUUUGCUGCUUUUGUAAAGUAAUUAAACAUGCUUUGAUCUUAAAAUCUCAUACUUGUGAUGUUAAUUUGAAUGAAGGGUUUAGCUUAAAAACUUGUUGUUGAAAUAAACAGUUUAUAAUUGCAUUUUUAAAAUUAGUAAGAUGUUAACUUAGUUUAAUUAUGUCUUCCCCCAUACAUGGGGAAAACAUAUUGUUUUUGCCUUCGCCGUCUGUCCGUCCGUCCAUCUGUAUGUCCAUCUGUCCAUCCAUCCACAUUAACCACAUUAAACUUUUCCAGCUUUCACAGGUUAAACUGCUGGCCCGAUUUCAACGAAACUUCACAGGAGUGAUCAGUACCAAGCCUAGUUGUGCAUAUUGCCGGCAUGUUCCACUUUGCUGCACAAAAUGAAUCAGAAUGCCAGAGGUUAAAAUAGAAAAAUCUUGUCCAGCUUUCACAGGUCAAACUGCUGGCUGGAUUUUGAAGAAACUUCACAGGAGUGAUCAGUACCAAGCCUUGUUGUGCAAAUCGCCAGCAUGUUUUGCUUCACUGCACAAAGUGGCGGCCAGAGCUAAAUAUAAAAAAAAUUGGACGGCUUUCACAGUUCAAACUGCUGGCUGGAUUUCGACGAAACAUCACAGGAGUGAUCAGUACCAAGCUUAGUUGUGCGUAUCGCUGGCACAUUCCACUUCAUUGCAUAACAUGGCCACCAGAACUAACAAUAGAAAAAUCUUGUCUGGCUUUCACAGAUCAAACUACUGGCUGGAUUUCGACGAAACAUCACAGGAGUGAUCAGUACCAAGCCUAGUUGUGCAUAUCACAGGCACGUUCUGCUUUGCUGCACAAAACGGCUGCCAGAACUAAAAAUAGAAAAAUCUUGUCCGUCUUUCACAGGUCAAACUGCUGGCUGGAUUUUGACGAAACAUCACAGGAGUGAUCAGUACUCAGUACCAAGCCUAGUUGUGCGUAUCGCCGGCACGUUCUGCUUCACUGCACAAAAUGGCCGAGUUAAAGGUAUACAUGGGGGGGGACAUGUUUUUUCAAAAACACCUUCUAGUUUAGUUAACUAAAGUUCCCAGUUUUUGUUUUGAUUGAAAAAGGUGCUUAGUUAUGUUUGUAUGACUCCUAGUGCAAUAUGAUAAUGGUCUACUAGCCACUUCUUUGUUGAUAAACAGCCAGUUCUUACAGUAAAUGAGAGGUUGUAUGCUUACUUCAAAACAGUGUAUCACAUAUUUUUCAGUUAUAAUCUGAUAAUGUCAACAAAUUAAAAUGGUCUAGGAUUUUGACUUCCAGGUGGAAAAUCUAGUAAUUUUGUUGUGCAGGAAAUGUGAAUAAGGACUUGUAGUAUGUGUAGAUGUUUUAGCUUCUUUUUCUGUAUAUCUGUUUGUCAUCUUCAAAGAAGAGGGAGUUUAUUGUUUUGCUUUUAUUGGCUAGUCUGUUGGAACACCAACUGAUUUCCAUUUAAGAACUGUAGAACACUUGGGUUUAUUGGGGGUAUCAUUUCAUAGAAUCAUUCCAAUGAUAGCCUGUUCUUUGCUUGGAGGUCAAGGUAAUAGUGACCUUGAGACUGAAAAUGGUUGCUGAUAAAUAGAGAUUGUUUGGGUCUACAGCUACAAAACAUCACAGUGAGAUAGUCUGGAUCAGUAGAUUACCCCUACUGUUUUGUUGGUCAGUACCUCAAAGGCUAAGGUCACAUUGACCAACAAACUUCAUACUUCUAUUUUUUGGGGGCCUGUUCAUCAAAGGUCACAGCGUCCUCAAGACUAAAAACAAGUUUCCUUUAAGCCUACAGCAAACAAACUUCAGGAAACUAUUCUUGUGACAAUCAGCUUACUAGGUGAAAUAGAUUGGUUUCCUUAUCUGUUUCAGGUAAGUUUUGCAGGUGUCCUACAUUCUUAUAAUCAGAAUCUAUCACUAGUUGUGUAUUGUAUAUUGAGAUAAAGUUUUAAUAAUUUCUGCUGGUCAAACUUAUUAACAUUUUUCACAGUUUGGUAUUUCCAGUUGACAAUGACCAAUUCUAAUCAUACAUGUAUAUGUUACAACUUAACAGUAUCUCUAACCUUCUCUCCUGUUUUUGGCUUGCAUUUUCAGUGAUAUCAGUAUUCAGCAAGACCUUGCCUGUGUAUUUUGGUUAGAACUUUCAAGGGUUAAGGCCUUUUGAAAGCCAAAACAUUUUGUUGGUAUAUUAUGUUGUAUAUGUUAGCUGACUUGGCCAGUGCUUGACAGAUUUGGUGGGGUAACAAUCACCUCUCAUGUUUGUUACCUUACUUCUGGUAUGAUUGUUAUCUGGGAAACCAUUUUAUAUAUUAAAACAACAUAUAUUGUAUAUAUUUAUAAAAUGCAGAUCAUAAAUAUCUGGACUGUAGGCCAUAGAUAAAACAUACAUUGCAUUAUACAGAUCUCAUUUUUUUCCUUUUAAAUAGAAAAAGAAGAAAUAACAUAGAUCUACAUCAUGGGCAAUAUUUUAGGUUAGAAGACUCAAUAAUGUGUAUGAUGACAGAAAAACAUAAUCGUAAAACAAGAAGUUUCACAAUUCUUACAUGAAAGUUUUGAUAAUGUAUGUACUUGAUUUUCUUUAACAUUCUUGAUAACCAUUUCAGUUGAGAAAUAGCGAGUCUUACAGGAGUGUAAUUUCAUCUUGAAUUUAUUAAACAAAUUGAAUAAAAUAAUAUAAUGUGAGGCUCUGACAGUCAUUUAUCAUAUUUAUUUAAUCAGUUUAACAAAUUCAAUAUGGAAAGACUUUUUUUUAUCACAUAUAAGUUUUUCCUUCUGAAGCAUCGAAAUUUAUGCUUUCUUACCUGAUAUAGACAAAAUUAAUUCAACCAACAUCUUCUACACUUAAAACGACAUCAGCAUCAAAAUGUUAUUAAAUUACUGUAAAAGCAGAAAUUUUUGUGAGGGUUUAAUUUUCACUAUAUUUGCGAGGCUCUACAACUCGCGAAAAUUAAUCUUCGCAUAAAUAUUCACCAUUAGUAUAAUUCAAAUUCAAGAAGGAUACAAUUUUUACAAUUUCGCGAAUAUUAAACCUCAUGAACAUACUCAAAAUUCAAAUUCACAAAAUUUUGACCCAGCGAAAAUAUGUGCUUUUACAGUUGUGUAAUAUCAAAUAUGGGACAUUGCAUUAUUUCACUUCUGUGAUGUAACAUAUGACGUUAGUAAAACUUUAAUCUUUAUUCAUAAUAAAGGCAUUUGGUGUUUCAAAAAUGUUUCAACAAUGCUAUGGCCUAUUGUCCAUAAUUUAAACUUCAUCUGUGACUUAAUAUAAGCAAGCCGCAAUAAUAGUUCUGUGGAUACUUUUCAAAUUUUCAUAUUUUCCAUCUUCGUUAUUACUUUAUAUUUUUACCUUCCUGAACACAAACUGAAUAGUUUGUUUAAAAAAUAUACUCAUGUUGAAUUCAUUUGUUUAAUGAUUUUAUAUUACCCAUAAUAAAUUUCAUUUGAGAAUA